AUGGUACAAUACGUCUUCACGCCCUGGCGCGACCGGGGAGAGCUUCUCGUCGUCCGGAGGCAGUUUUACCCGGAGCAUCAUCAACACCGUCAGCACCAGGGCGGCCAAAGUCAGACCCGCGACGACGAUGAUAGAAAGCAAGGUGAAAAGCAAAAGGCGGUCGCCCGCGUAUCCAUGUGGAUGCAGCGCGGCGGGUGUCCGCACAUGGUUGAGUCGACGGCGCUGCUGACGGCAGCGAUUCUGAGUGAUGACGGGAAUUGGGGGAGGGAAGACGGUGGGGAAAGGGAUGGGUCAGCCAGGGCUUCGAGGGGGUAUGCGGUGCGGGCGGCCUACUCGGCGGCGUUUAGUCGCUUCGUAACUGGCCUCCUCGACUCGCACCAAGACAAGCAACGCAAGAUGUCCAUGUACGACGUCGCAAAGUCGGUCGGCCUCCCCGCGACCUUUGUCGAGCUCCGCCACCAAGCCACCCACGAGCAACUACCCUCGCUCACGCGGCUGCGGUCCGCCGCGCGCAAGGCGCUGGAUUGGAUCUGGGGGUACUACUGGGCCCAUUUGGAAACAGAGCACGGGUCUGGUUCUGGAUCUGGUUCUGGGUCCUUGGCCAAGUCCUUGACUGGGCAGGGGGUGGGGCUGGGGCAGUGUGGCUUGGAGGAGAAUGGCUCUGGGGCGGGCGGUACUAUUGACAAAAGGGGCGAGAGUGGGAGUAAUGAAGAGGAGAGGGAGGUACGCUUGUUGCUUGGGAGAUAUCUUGACGGGGAAGACGAGGUGAAGGGGGAGAUAGGGAGGUAUGAGGAGGGGCUGGUGCUGAUGGUGCUGGAUUCUGUAUCUGGGAGUACGAGGGAUAGCUGGGCGCUGCGGCGUGCCGUGGCGCUUACGAGGGAGAUUUUGGAGCUUGGAGGACAGCCGCAUCGGAUAGAGGAGGGUGAGUGGCCUGAGGAAGGGGCGGCCAUGGAUGUUGAAAGCGUUCGAGCUGAGCUGGGCAGAGCGUGGCAACAGGUGAAAGAGGUGGAACAGGAGGAAGAGGAGGAUGUAGUAGAGAAUGAGGAGGCGGUCGAUGUCGAAACUGCCGAGGACAGGCCUGCUUGGACGCUGUAUGAGGAGGAGGAUUGGGUGCCGAAGCCGAUCGGCGUAGUGUAG